GUGAGAGUCGGGUGUGACACGGUAUGCAGAAAACGGGGUAGUGGGUUAAGGUAGAGUCCUCACCUUCAACCUCAACAUCAACGGACAAACCUACCACUUAUGGAGUGCACACCUACAGUCUACCGGUAUCUAAGCACUCGAAUACAAGCCGACCAGAUUUCUAUUUUUGACUCUUGCCUGGGUAUCAUCCUCCAACUUAGGCAGCUCAUAUCACCAACCCAGUCAAAACUACCGACUACAGCGAACAACCGAACAAGUGCCACAUCAAGGUACCCCUAAACAAUAAUUCAAAAGACCACCUCGACAGACAAUGUCACUCUCAUCCUCACACCCAAACCCAAACCCAACAACAACACAGCCCGUCCCUCUCCACCCCCGCCCCCAAAACUCACCUCUCAGGACCAGCCCAAAGGCCCCAAACCCCCUCCCAACCCUGCUCCAAACCCCGUCCGGCCUAGCCCUGCUGGAGUUACAAGGGACAAUCAACCUGCCCUCAACCGCUUCACCCCUUUCUUCCUCUUCCAUUCCCCAAGGAACAGCAACAACAGCCACAACAACAGCACAAACCCGGAUCCCAAUCGGCCGCCUGCACUUCCCGGACUACCACCCCGACGAUCAACCCGACAACAACGCCUGGAUGAAAAGGGUCUAUCUGUACGUGGGCGAGCACCAGCGCCUGCAGGGGACGGUGCAGAAGCUGCCGCGGGCGCUGGCCGUCGUGCGGAAGCGGGCCCGGGUUGCGGAAGGGGCUGGGGAAAGGGAGGGGACGGGGGGGGAGGCCGGGGAGUUGGAGGUUGUGGAGGUUGUCAAGUGGAAGGCGGUGUUUUCGCAGCGUCCUGAGCCGGUG